AUGGUUCUAUUAGGAAAUAUAAGGCACAUCCUGUUGCUGCUGGCAAUCGCCAGCCCAAACAAGAAGACGAACUUAACACUGCUCCCACAAGUGACCAAUCAAUCGUCAAAAUACUUCUUACUUUUGCUCUUCGCUAAGGUUGGCCAAUCAAACAGGUUGAUGUUACCGCUGCCUACUUACAUGCUCCUCCAAGAUAACCAUGGAUCUUUGGCUUUGCUUCAUUGUGACUUCUUUAAUAUCAAACACUGGGAUGUAAAAUAUAAGUAUCUCUUCGACCUAGUCAAGAAUAAAGAAGUUACACUGAACUACGUACUUACGGCUGAUAUGGUCACCGAUAUUCUCACCGAACCCUUACCUACUUCAUCACAUCAGAAGCACCGCCAAUCUAUGGGUAUUGUUUUGAUCGCCAAAGUAGCUAUAUAUGAAAUAAAUUCGGAGAUAUUCAGGUUUCUCUUCUUCAAACAUCAUAUUAGCUAG